AUGUCGCUGGAUGACUCGCUGGAGCUGCUGGCCAGCCCUUUGCUAAGCCCCCAAUCACCGAUGGACGCCCUGUGUCGCGUUUGCCACAUUUCAUCGCCACUCUGCUUGCCGCUUUUUAAGCCGCUCAAUAAUCCAAUUUCCGAAAAACUAACAACCUUGGCCAACAUUUUAAGCUACUGCUGCGGGCUAGAGAUCGUGGAGACGGAGCUCUUCCUGCCCCACCACAUGUGCCCGGAUUGCGUGUCCAAAUUGCGGCUAGCGGUGGAGUUCAAGAGGAGUGUCCACCUGAUGGACAAAAUUCUGAGGCAAAGCCAUGUGGAAUUUUGCCGCAACGAAAGGAUUGAUAUUUUGAAAACCAAGGCUGGAAUGUCGCCUGAAAUCAACGAGGACUUUAUCUUUGUCCUUGAUGACCAGGAAUUGACAGACGAUUCCGCGGACGAUCUGAAAUCUCAAGUAGAGGAAGAGGAAUGUCAGGAGAUGGAGCUAAGGCUGCAUGAGGACAGCCUGGAUCUGGAAUUGGAAUCCCAGGAGGUAUUCGCGGAGAUGGAACACCCAGCAGAGCAGCAUAAUCAUAACACUGAGGAGGAGCUCCGGUUGGUGGACGAAGCCAAGGGAGAUCUAUACGCUAUUGUCGACGUUACUGAGCAACCUGUAGUGGAGACACACGAGCCGUUGGGCAGCAAAAGCAGGCGAGCGAAAACUCCUAAUCCCUCGUUCAAGUGUCUGGUCUGCGGCAAGCAAUUGAGCAGCAAAAGAACCUUCAAAUACCACAUAAAUCUCCAUAGUCCUUAUAACAAUUCCCAAGAGAACAGCACACAAAACACAGUUUACAGCAUUGAGGAAUCUCUCCACAUAGAGCCACAUUUGCAGGACAAAGACAGUGGCGAACUCUACCAGAUUGUCGAGGAGACAGAGCAAGUUCUGGAGACACAAAAGCCUUUGGCCAGCAGGACCAAGCAAGGGAAACCGCAUAAUCCGUCGCUGCAGUGUCAGAUUUGCCGGAAGCAACUGAGCACCACCCACUCGUUUAAGUACCACAUGCAGCUCCACGGCACGGCUACACCCUACGUUUGCAAAAUCUGCGACAAGUCCUUCAAGACGCGCAACGCAUACGACGGGCAUAUGACGCUGCACGAUCCGAACAAUCCAAAUAGGUGCCCCACCUGCUCCAAGGUUUACCGGCAGGCCUCUUCGCUCCGCACUCAUCUGCUGAUCCACAGCGGAAUCAAGCCAUUCGAGUGCAACAUCUGUGGCAAGAGGUUGACCCAAAAGUCCGGCUACAAGAAGCACAUGCUUACCCACACGGGCGAGAAGCCUCAUGGUUGCAACAUCUGCGGCAAGAGUUUCCGGUACUCGAGCAACCUGAUUGCCCACAAGAGGAGCCACACCCAGGAGAAACCCCACUAUUGUCAAGUGUGCCCAAAGCGAAGCUUUGGCAGCCGGUCUGAUCUGAAUCGCCACAUGCUCGUCCACAGCAGUGAUAGGCCGUUUAGCUGUGACGAGUGCGGCAAGACGUUCAAGCGACAGGUGUCCCUCGACAUCCACCUGCAGACGCAUAAGGGCGGCAGUAAGCGGAAGGGUGGUCGGAAAGUGAAGGACCUGCCGAAGAAGCAGGACAACCACGAAGAGACCUGA